AUGUCUACGAUUACCAUAAAAUAUAAAAUGUGUAACAUUAUACAAGAAUUAUAUUUAGAAAAUCCACAAAAAAAUUCAUCUAAAGCGAAAAUGAUUGACGUUAAUUCAGCUGUAACUUUAGGAACUAUUUCAACUGGAAUUGGAUUUUCUGCUUUAGAGGAAUUGACAGCUGCUAUAAACAUGCCCUGUGUGACAGAAAAAUUGUAUAACAAGAUAUACAAAAAAACAUCGGAUAUCAUUUUAUUAGCAAGUUUUAAAGUUAUGAAAGAAGCUGCUAAGAAAGAAGCAGAAUUAGCUAGAAAUCUAGGGGAAAUAGAUUAA